AUGGAACAAAGUCAUAAAAGUGAUAGAAGCCGUACCAGAUCACAUACUAAAAGUCGUCAAACCAGCAGAAGCCGAACCAGAUCACAUCAUCGAACUGGCAGAAGUCGUACCAGAUCAAAUACCAAAAGUCGCAUCCAAAGUCAUACCAAUGAAAGGGAGAAUGGUCCAUUCCAUUUGGUUUUGCCCCCUGAAUUGGAGCAUGCCUACGAAAUUGAAAAAAAUUCAAAAAUUUCUACUAGUGAAAGCAAUCGGUUGACAUAUUUGCUAGAAUGUUUGAGGAAAUAUGAUGAAGAUAAUCAAACUAAGAUAUCAGAAUCGAGCGCCACACUCCAGGAUACAUCGUCAUCAUCCAUUAAAGCUUCCAACAUACCUACCGAAAUUGUUUUUUCUGAUAGUAAUGAGAGCGGUAAAGAGCAAACAUCAAAGAUAUCAGAAUCAAGCGCCAAACUCCAGGAUACAUCAUUAUCAUCCAUUAUAGCUUCAAACAAACCCACUGAAAUUGUUUCUUCUGAUAGUAAUGAGAGUGCUUCCAACAAACCCACCGGAUUUGUUUCUUCUGAUGAUGAGAGCGGUAAAGAGCAAACAUCAAAGGUACCAGAAUCGAGUGCUAAACUCCAGGAUACAUCAUCAUUAUUAUUUAUUAAAGAUUUUAGGAAAAAACCCACCGGAUUUGUUUCUUCUGAUGAUGAGAGCGGUAAAGAGAAAACAUCAAAGGUACCAGAAUCGAGUGCUAAACUCCAGGAUACAUCAUCAUCAUUAUUUAUUAAAGAUUUUAGGAAAAACCCCACCGGAUUUGUUUCUUCUGAUGAUGAGAGCGGUAAAGAGCAAACAUCAAAGGUACCAGAAUUGAGCGCCAAACUCCAGGAUACAUCAUCAUCAUUAUUUAUUAAAGAUUUUAGGAAAAAACCCACUGGAUUUGUUUCUUCUGAUGAUGAAAGCGGUAAAAAAGAUCAUCAACCAAGUAAAAAGAAAUCCAAGAUGCCCGAGAAGUCUAAGAAAUCAUCUUCCAUUAAAGCUUCUAACAAAUCUACUGAGAUCGUUUCUUCCGAUGAUGAAAGCCACCAACCAAAAAAAAUAGCAAGAAUAGCAAAAAGAAAUCCAAAUCUAAGAAGUCCAAGAAGCAAAGAAAACGAAAACAAUCAACUUCUCGAUCAGAUUCUCGGUCAAAUUCAAGUUCAGAGAGAACUAGCGGAUUGGAAACUGAUUCUAGUCCAGCUGCUUCCAGGAAAGUAA